CAAGAAAAGCAAAUUACGCGCCAUCUUUGUUGAAAGCAUUGAAAGGCCGGUGUUGCUUUUGUUCAUUCCACGUAAAAUUUGUACGAAAAGUUUUGAAAUCCUGGUGAAAAUGCCGCAAGACGAAGCUUCAAGUGAAAGCAGUGCUGAUUCGAGUGAUGAACAGUCAGUUGAUAAGAAAGAUGAAACAUAUGGUGAAAAAUCCAAACCUGGUCGCAAAGCUCAAGAGAUACCUCCUUCUUCAAAGGAUUAUGAUGAAAAAAUUGAAAAGGAUCGUGCUACGAGGUUUAACUUUUUACUUGAAAAAACUGAGAUUUUCUCCCACUUCAUGAACUCAUCUAGUGGGAAAAAACCAAAGAGUCCCUUGAAGAUAAAAGCACCAGGUUUUCCAUCUGGCAAAAAAGAAUCUGGUGCAGGAGAUCACCGACAUAGACACACAGAACAGGAGGAAGAUGCAGAACUAUUGGAACAAUCAAAACAUCAGAAAGCAAUUGUACAUUUUGAACAAUCACCAUCUUUUAUAAAAAGUGGUGAGAUGAGAGAUUAUCAGAUUCGUGGUUUAAACUGGAUGAUCUCCUUGUAUGAGAAUGGAAUUAAUGGAAUCUUAGCAGAUGAAAUGGGUCUUGGAAAAACUCUUCAAACAAUAUCUUUACUUGGUUAUUUAAAAGUUUUCCGAGAUUCAGCUGGACCUCAUUUAGUUAUUGUACCUAAAUCAACAUUGGCUAAUUGGAUGGCAGAGUUCAAGAGAUGGUGUCCAACAAUUAAUGCUGUUUGCCUCAUUGGAUCUCGUGAUGAAAGAGUUGCUUUCAUUAGGGAUGUUAUGUUACCAGGAGAAUGGGAUGUUUGUGUGACAUCCUACGAAAUGUGCAUCAAAGAAAAAAGUGUAUUUAAAAAGUUUUCUUGGAGAUAUAUUGUUAUUGAUGAAGCUCACAGAAUCAAGAAUGAAAAAUCAAAGUUAUCUGAAAUGGUACGAGAAGUUCGUUCACAAAACAGAUUGUUGCUCACUGGUACACCAUUACAGAACAAUCUACACGAGCUUUGGGCCUUGUUGAAUUUUUUACUUCCUGAUGUAUUUAGUUCAGCUGAGGAUUUUGAUGCUUGGUUCAAUUCAAAUAAUUUAGUAGAAGAAAAACAGUUGGUUGAACGACUUCAUUCGGUUUUGAGGCCAUUUCUUUUACGUCGUUUAAAAUCUGACGUUGAACGUCUUCUUCCAAAGAAAGAGACGAAGAUUUAUGUUGGAUUGACGAAAAUGCAGAGAUCUUGGUAUACUAACAUUUUAAUGAAAGAUAUUGAUGUCGUAAACGGAGCAGGAAAGUCCGACAAAAUGAGAUUGUUGAAUAUUCUGAUGCAGUUGAGAAAAUGCUGUAAUCAUCCGUAUCUUUUUGAUGGCGCAGAACCCGGUCCACCUUACACAACUGAUCAACAUUUAGUUGACAACUCUGGAAAGAUGCGUGUUCUAGAUAAACUUUUACCCAAGCUACAGGAACAAGGUUCUCGAGUCUUGAUAUUUAGUCAGAUGACACGAGUAUUGGAUAUCUUGGAGGAUUAUUGCUUAUGGAAAUUGUAUAAUUAUUGUCGUCUUGAUGGUCAAACUCCUCAUGAAGAAAGACAGGAUUCUAUCAACGAAUUUAAUAUGCCUGACAGUGAAAAAUUCAUUUUCAUGUUGAGUACACGAGCUGGAGGAUUGGGAAUUAAUCUAGCGACAGCCGACAUUGUUAUCUUAUUUGAUAGUGACUGGAAUCCACAGGUUGAUUUGCAAGCUAUGGACCGAGCACAUCGUAUUGGUCAAAAAAAGCAGGUUCAAGUAUUUCGUUUUAUCACGGAAAGUACUGUUGAAGAACGGAUUGUUGAGAGAGCUGAAAUGAAAUUACGUCUUGACAAUGUUGUUAUUCAACAAGGUCGUCUGGUAGAUCCAAAUUUGAAAGUUGGUAAACAAGAAAUGUUGAGUAUGAUACGUCAUGGGGCAGAUGAAGUAUUUGCGUCAAAGGAUUGUGAGCUCACUGAUGAAGACAUUGAUUCUAUUCUUAAAAGAGGAGCAGUUAAGACUGCUGAGUUAGAAGAAAAAAUGAAGCAGUUUGGUGAAAGUACAGCCAAGAAACUCACAUUUGAUUCUGUUCCGGUUGAAAGCAUUUUUCAUUUCGAAGGUGAAAACUACAAAGAAAAACAAAAGUUUCCAGGCGUAUCUCAUUGGAUCGAGCCUCCCAAACGAGAACGAAAAGCGAACUAUGCUGUGGAUGCUUACUUUAGAGAAGCUUUACGUAUUACUGAACCCAAAGCACCUAAGGCUCCUCGACCUCCUAAACAACCAAAUGUCCAAGAUUAUCAGUUCUUUCCACCACGACUUUUUGAACUACUGGAUAUGGAAAUUUAUGCCUUUAGAAAGAAUAUUGGAUACAAGGUUCCACGUGAUCCUGAAGAUCCAAAUGGCGCUCAGAAUCAAAAAGAGGCUCAAAGAAUGAUAGACGAAGCUGAACCAUUGACUGAAGAAGAACUUGCAGAGAAAGAGAAACUUCUUGAAGAGGGUUUUACCAACUGGUCUAAACGCGAUUUUAACCAGUUUGUCAAAGCUUGUGAAAAAUAUGGUCGUGAUGAUAUUGAUAACAUUUCCCAUGAAAUCGAAGGCAAAACAGCAGAAGAGGUGCGGGCUUACUAUGACGUGUUUUGGGAACGUAAAGAAGAAUUGCAAGACUUGGAGAAAAUUAUGGCUCAGAUUGAGAGGGGAGAGGCGAAAAUACAACGAAGAAUUAGCAUAAAGAAAGCUCUCGAUGCCAAGAUGGCGCGUUAUCGCUCACCGUUUCACCAAUUGAGGAUAGCGUACGGAACUAACAAAGGCAAAAAUUAUACUGAAGAAGAAGACAGGUUUUUGAUUUGUAUGCUUCAUAAACUUGGUCUGGAGAAAGAAAAUGCUUAUGAUGAAUUACGAAUUGCGUGUAGAAGUGCACCACAAUUUAGAUUUGAUUGGUUAAAGUCCAGAACUGCCCAGGAACUUCAACGACGAUGCAAUACGUUGAUCACUUUGAUUGAGAGAGAAAUGUUGGAAAUUGAAGAAAAAGAAAAGAAAGAAAGGAAGCGUGGACAAAAACCAGGGACAAAGACUCCUCAGCAAAAAAGAAAGGCUGAUGGAACUCCAGAUGGACGAGGUAGAAAGAAAAAGAAACAAGCAAAUACGUGAUUUUUACUCACUCAUUCUUGUUUCUGUUCAUAAUGUAAAUAGUUCAUAAAACUUACUUCAACAAUUCUUUAUGCCUUUGGUGAAAAUAAAAAUAAAAGUUCUUAUGAAUGCCUCUA